AUGGAAGACUUCGACAUAUUUGAUGAAAAUGAAUUUGAGCCACCUGUUUAUAAAAAAAUUCUGAAUGAAUUUAUGGAAAGUAUGCCGCCGAUGCCAUGUAGUGCAAAUUAUCAGAGUGGACGAAGACUUAAUGGUGAAGAGUGUUUAGUAGAAAAUAAGGAAGAUUAUGGAUUUAAUUUUAGUGAAUCUGUAUCAGCUGCUGUUAGGAGUUUAGCUGUUUAUAGGGAUGACCAACAAAAUGUCACAAGUGCAGACCCAGGAAUUGAUGCCUUAAAGUUAAUGCACCUCUUUACAAAGUCAAGUCAUAAAAUAAGUCCAACACCUUUAAAAAAAGAAGACAAAUAUUUAGAAGAUUUUUUAAAAGAUGUGGCAUGCGAGAGUCAUGUGUCUUCAAUGAAAGAUGAUCCAGAUAUGCCCUUUCAUAAAAAAUAUAUUAGAUUUGGUACUCAUAAUAAUGUUAAGAAUUUACUUAUGAUUUUGGAUGAAUUACCUAAAGAAUGGACUAUUAUACAGCUAACCUCCCGGUACAACCCAGAGGAGAAUGUAAAACCAUUUGAUGAGUUUAAAACUGAUAUUAGUUCUAUAUUUAUAACAAUGUUUACAAAUCAUUAUGUCGACAAACCAAUGAGUGUUUUAAUACCAGCGAAUAUUACUAAAGAAGGAGAAAAGCCACUAUUUAAAGAACUUUAUUCUCUGUUGGAUGAUAACUAUAAGACCAUAGAGAGUGCUCAAUAUCUGAACAAUAAAAGACUGAUUAAAAAUUAUUGGAGUCAGAGGGAUGAUAUUGAUCUACGAAUGAAGGGUGUGUUAAACAUGAUGGAUAAGGAGUGGCUUGGUGGAUGGUGCUCCCUUCUCACGGGAAAGUUAGUGGAUUCAAAACUGAAAAAUAAAAUAAUCCAUUACGUAGACUCUGCCAUUUCUGAUUGGGGGUUCAUAAAACUAACAACCAAACAGAAAAUACUGCUAUACAACCUCAUGGACUGCUCACCGGUGUUGUCAUCACAACAAAUUAAAUCUUGCAUCCGGCAGAUUUUGACGGAACAUGGCGACACUGAAGAAUUAAGGACUUUUAAACGUGAUAUAAAGUGUUUAGACUGUGAUAGUGAUUUUAGAUUCUCUAGUGAAUUGUGCUUGAACUGUUUGUCGAAGUGUUUUGAAGAAAUUCACAAGUUUAGUGUGGUCGAUGGUAUCAAAGCGUUUUCUCAAGUGGCAAUGAAGAUAAAGGAUGAUUUAGAUUUUAGGGAAGCACGCAGACAUCCUGUCAUCUUGAUUGUUGAUGAGUUACUAGAUUCAUUCCCAUGGGAAUCUUUACCAGCUCUGAACCCGCAUCCCAUCACUCGGAUGGAAAAUAUUCACUUCCUCUACUACUUGUACAAGACGCAUGAAGAUAGCAUAGUUGACGGAUAUUUUUUAACGAAGUCAGAGGUCGGCAGAUAUGUUAUUAAUCCUGACAAAGACCUACAGCGUAUGCAGCUUCGUAUGCAGUCCUUCAUAGAAUUCUGGUGCGGAGACUGGAAGGGUCGAAUCGCUGAGCCACCAGCGCCGGGAGAACUGCUUGAAUAUUUGAACGCAGCUGACAUUUUCCUCUACUGCGGCCACGGCGAUGGCGUAGGCGCAGUGUGUAGUGGCAGCGGUGUGUGUCGCGGCCGUUGUGUUUGUGUGUUGUCCGGGUGUGGGUCUGUGCGUCUGAGUGGCGCCAGUGGGAGGGCGCCACCUGCCGCCCCGCACCAACACCUGCAUGUCGCAGGCUGUCCCUGCGUGGUGGGAAUGCUGUGGGAAGUAACGGAUUUAGAAGUGGAUAAAGUGGUGAGCACAUUGGUAGCCCUCAGUGUCUCAAGUAAAGCCCCGCUCGACUGGAAAUGUGUGGGCAAAGCCAAGUGGAGUCAAGGGGAAAUUGACACAAAUGUCGAACAGAAGCCACGAUCGCCGCCGGAGCAAAAUUUGCUUUUAGCAAUAUCGAAGGCGCGUCAGGCAACCAAUUAUCUCAUGAUAUCAACUAGUAUUGUCUCCAGAGGGUUGCCAGUUAAAAUAAUUGAUACACCAUAA